UUCUAGCUUAUGUGUAAGUUUUCAAAACCUAUUAUUACUUGAUUGCAAAUAGCCAUGGUUACCUUUUGCUAGAUCUAAUGAUCUGAUGGCUCCCUUGGUCAAGUUAAUAAUUUGUAACAGGUAAAUUUUACAAGGGAAAUUUGACAUUUUAUGCUUAAAAGUUAGAAGUGGUGUUUAAUUAUACCACCCUCCUAAAAAUUUUGUAACUAUCCUAAUCUUUAAGUGGUAACCCCAAAAUACCCCUCUUCAAACCCAAAGGCAGCCUCCUCUUUCUCCCUCUUUCCCUCUUCACGCUCUCUCUCUCUCUCUCUCUCUCUCUCUCUCUCUCUCUCUCUCUCUCUCUCUCUCUCUCUCUCUCUCUCUCUCUCUCUCUCUCUCUCUCUCUCUCUCUCUCUCUCUCUCUCUUCACGCACUCUCUCUCUCUCUUUCACUUUCUCUCUGUUUCUCAUUUGCUCUCUCUCUCUCCAUCACUGCCGCCGAUGGCCACCGUGAACUCUCCCUGUCCCGGCCGACUGCAACCUCCACCAUUUUCACCCUCAACCUCCACCUCACUCAACAAAGCAAUGGAUUCAUCUGUAUUUGUGCCUGUACUGUAUGAUGGCGUUUGGACUUUGGAGGGUUUCAACUGGGUAUUUGAUUCCUCAAAAAGUAAGACAUUGAUAUUGGACAUUGACUGUACACUGAAAAAGUUGCAUGAAGUUUUGCAUGAGGAGUUGGAGGUGGACCCCUUGGUGUAUGAAUUGAACUUAGAAGUUCUUUACAUGUACAUGAAAGGCACUAAGUUUCCACCUGAGGUUUUAGUGAAAGAUAGUCAACUACGAGUGUUCUUGAGCAUGAAGGCAAAAAUGAGUGUGGACAACUUGUUGCCACUAUUUGUGACUAAGGUGAAGAAGAAUGUGAAUUUGGAGCAGACUCCCCGAAAUGUAACCCCUAGAAGUGUUGUUGGGACCUUUGUCCCAGAAACUGAUCUGGGGGUUGGUUUGGACGAGCAAGUUGGCACUAAUGUAGAUGAUGAGAGAGUGGGUAUCGAAUUUCGUCAUUGA